GGCGGGGCUCAACCUGGCGGCUGGAGUUUAGUCCCCGCGCUGCUGUUGGCGAAGUUGCGUGUGUUCCCGGCGGCUCCGGCGGCUGUGGUCUGCGGGAUCUAUUCGCGAUGGGGACAAAGGCAGGAGCCUGGCGGAAACAGUUGCUUCUCUUCACCUCGGCGGUGCUGUGUUCACUGGCGCUGGGCAAGGGGACAGUCUACACUUCGGAACCUGAAGUCAGAGUUGCAGAGAAUAAUCCGGCAAAGUUGCCCUGCACUUACUCUGGCUUCUCCAAUCCCCGUGUGGAGUGGAAGUUUGUCCAAGGUACAACCACCAGCCUUGUCUGCUAUAACAGCAAGAUCACAGCUUCCUAUGAGGAUCGAGUCACCUUCUCACCGAGCGGCAUCACCUUCCGUUCCGUGACUCGGAAAGACACUGGGACGUACACAUGCAUGGUCUCUGAGGACGACGGCAACAACUAUGGGGAGGUCACCAUCCAGCUCACUGUGCUUGUGCCUCCAUCCAAGCCUACAGUCAACAUUCCCUCCUCCGCCACCAUUGGGAACCGGGUGGUACUGACCUGCUCAGAACAAGAUGGUUCCCCGCCCUCUGAAUACACCUGGUUCAAGGAUGGGAUGCUGAUGCCUACAGAUCCCAAGAACAACCGUGCCUUCAUCAACUCUUCCUAUACUCUGAACCAAAAGUCAGGGGAGCUGGUCUUUGAUCCCUUGUCAGCCUUUGAUACUGGAGAAUACAGCUGUCAGGCACAGAAUGGAUUCGGGACACCGGUGAUGUCAAAUGCUGUGCGCAUGGAAGCUGUGGAGCUGAAUGUAGGGGGCAUUGUGGCUGCUGUCCUGGUCACGCUGAUUCUCCUUGGAGUCUUGAUCGCAGGCAUCUGGUUUGCCUAUAGCCGAGGCUACUUUGACAGAACAAAGAAAGGGUGAGUGACAUGUUGUCCUGGGAUUGUCGGAGGUGAAAACGUGGAUGCAUGUGGUUUGCAGCAUGGGCCCAGGGGGAUGGGCUGGAGAAGGAGACAGCCAGCCUCGGGGGAAGACCUUGGGAUUUCUACCCCUGCUCGCUGUGACCCUGGCCUUGUCCUGUCUCCCUCUGUGCACACCUCUCUGCUGAGCACUUCUGUAAAGUUCUUGGUUCUGCCCUCUGAAGUUGGAGGGGAGGGGGUGGCUCUGCACCUGGGGACCUGAGUGUCUCCAUCUUCCAUCUUCAUCUGCAGGACCUCCAGCAAGAAGGUGAUCUACAGCCAGCCCACUGCUAGAAGUGACGGCGAAUUCAAACAGACCUCGUCAUUCUUGGUGUGACCCUGGUCUGGCUCCCGCCUGGUCCUGUGCUUGCCUUACUCCGGUGCUACUAGACUCUAGCCCCUGGUGUCUGUAGUUUUCACAGGCCCUCUACUAGCAUCUCAGUUAGGAUGUGUUUUUUAAUGAUGUCAGCUAUGUGCCCCUUCUCCCUGUACACACUCUCUCUCAAUCCUGCUGCUGCCGAGUGGCCUGGGAUUGUAGAAAAUUCGUAUUCCUCAGCCUAUGAGGGGUCAGACAGGAAUCCCGGCUGUGCCUAUUAACUCCCUUCUACGUAGACAGCCAGAGGGGUGGGGCUUCCUGAAACCCGCCAUCGCUACCCAGCUGGGCCGCAGUGGCUUCUGAAUCGGUUUCCCUCCCCAUGGAGAGCCAGUGCCAGCCAUUCUGGAGUGGGGGUCGGAGACUGGAGCGGCUGGAACCGUUGUUUGGUGAUGACGUUAAAUCUCCUCCAUCUCUGGAGCCCACUGUUCUGUCUCCUCACCGGAAGUGCCACGGGGUCCUGUCCUCCGUCUGAACAUAAGCAGACUGGCGCUGUGUCCGUAGGAAAGCCGAAGCACAGUAAACCUUCAGGGGACGCGGAGUGGAAAAGAUUUAAAACCACUGCUCUGAAGAAAAGCUGGAGCUGGUAGCCCAGACCGUCACCCUUCCCUUGGCUGGAACAACUGGACAGAGCCCUCUGAGACUGUGUGUGUCUGUGGGGCCGUGUGUGGCAGCUGAGCCUGUGUGUGCGUGUGUGCGUGUGUGUGUGUGUGUGCGUGUGUGUGGUCUUAGCCAAAUGCUGAAAUUGGAUGGAUGUUGGGAGGUAUCUUAGCUCUUUGGUGAGAUUGCGUUUCUGUGCGUUUGUCUUAGCUGGAUGUUGGAAAUAAAAAGUUGACUUGU